GCUAACGCCCGCGCCGCCCACGCCGGUGGCGCUGGCUGACGAGGUGGCCGCGACAGAGACCUCUGCGCCGCUGCAUCGCGACCGCGGCCAGUGGUGGCAGGACGAAGCUGGGCUGGGUGGCAGGCUCCGCGCGGCGAUCGGGUCUGGGAUGCUGGUCGCGAUGGCCGCUGCGGCGAUCAGCGGUGGAAGAGCAUUCGCUCAGGCGGCGGGCAUGGGUGUUGGGCUGAGACGGCGUCGCAGUCUGACCCGGUUGCCGCAGAGCGCGCAGAUGAACCGCGGGCGCGCCGAGGCCGUCGACGG